AUGUUUCGAGGCGAUAAGCAUUGCAUCGCCUCUGGGGGCUAUAACAAGAGCCUUUCGACGAGCAUGAAUGAUCUGCAUUCCAAUUUCUCCGUUAGCAAGUCGAUUGAAUCAUCUCUACUCAUCACUGGGGAAUUCGUGACCGAUACUCUUGUCAUUGGAGACACUACCGUGGAGUCUAUGAAGAUCGGAGUUCUGAACGUGGAUGUCACGCAGAAUAUCAUUGGCUUGGGAUAUGGCGAAACAAACUCGUCUUUUAUCUCCCUUACUGAAGCAUUGGUUGAUGCUGGAACCAUCAAAUCCCCGGCCUUCAGCAUGUAUAUCGAAAAUCCUCUAUAUUCUGCAUCCACAGGAGACUCGCAGGAUGGGAAAUCAGGCACUCUUCUUUUUGGUGGUGUGAACAAAUCCAAAUACAAUGGCACCCUCCACACACUUCCCAUCGUCAACAAUCCUACCGAGGAUAGAAAGGCCUUCCGGGUCAAUAUGACAAGCUUGUCAAUCAAUGAGACGUCCGUAUUUCCCGAGGGAUACUCGACUCAAGCUCUACUUGAUCCCUCAUUGACCUAUACCUAUGUUCCGGAAUCCAUCGCCCAGGAUAUCAUAUCUCAAUUGGGCGCUACUGAGAUCGCAACGUUUGGUCCAAUGCUUAUUCCAUGCAAUAAAACUCCAAGUCACACGACACUCACGUUCGAAUUCGAAAGUGCGAGUUUCAAGCUAGAUAUUGGUCCGUUCAUAGAAACACAUAGCGUUUUCAAUGAUGAGGACAUCUGCUAUUUGGGCAUUGUGUCACAAGCCGAUACCGAGGACCCAAACAGUGUUGUGCUUGGGGCAAACUUCCUUCAACAGAUCUACGUUGUCUAUGAUAUGGGGAAUGACGAAGUCAGUUUUGCCCAGAGGAACUGGGACUCCAACGAAGAUAAAAUUCUCGAAAUCACGACUGGCAAGAAUGCAGUUUCCGGAACUUCAUCGAAGCAAGAAGUUUCAGACGACGCAGAUGAUACAGAAGCCAAAGAUGAGAACGAGAAGGAAAAGUCCAUCGGCUUCCGCAUUGAUGAGGGGGCUAGUCUAUGUCUCUCCCUUUCUGUCUUUGUGAUUUGGGCACUCUUCUGUUUAUAA